AUGACAGCCGCCCACGUGCAGACCCAGAAGCUGCUGGCCCAAAGGAGGCCCCGCCGGUCCUUCUCUGAAUCCCCCAUCCGGGCCCUCAUCAUCCUGUCUGCCUCCCUGGCCAUGGUCCUCUCCUCCAUCUCCAUCUGUGAUGGCCACUGGCUCCUGGCCGAUGACCGCCUCUUUGGGCUGUGGCACCUCUGCACCACCUCUAACCAGACUGAGCUGCACUGCUUCCGAGACCUGAAUCAGGCCCAUGUGCCUGGGCUGGCCUCGGGCACGGCCAUGGCCCGCAGUGUGGCCACCGUGGCCAUAGUGGUUGACAUCUUUGGCCUGGAGCUCCUCAUGGUGUCCCAGCUGUGUGAGGACCCCAAAUCGAGGCACAAGUGGGCCGUGGGCUCCACCCUCUUCCUCCUCUCGUUCAUGCUCUCCUUCGGGGGCCUCCUGAGCUUCCUGAUCCUUCUCAGGAAUCAGGUCACGUUCAUGGGCCUCACCCUGAUGUUCUGGAGCGAGUUCACGGCCUCCUUCCUCUUGUUCCUGAACGCCAUCAGCGGCCUCCACAUCAACAGAGUCACCCACAUCCACAGUGCCACGCAUCCCUGGGGGCUGCCUGCAAAAUUUUAG